AGAUGUAACCCAGUCUUAUAUGUGUACAUGUCUAUGUAUGUAAAUCUGUAUAUGGUCAGGGUUAUAUAAUCACGUGAUCUUGACAUCCGUGUUGUGUGUUUGACAUAUAUGUUGACAUUGACCUGGACUCGGGACAUCUGCAAUGCGACAAGUACGACACUGACCGGAACUCGCACUGCACGCUCCAAUUUCCCGCCGGACAUAACACUCUAACAUCCGGUCUGAUGACCGCACCAUCAUUAUGUGUUUUGCUCGCGAGGGCAACACAUCGUAGGAAUCAUAAUACUAGCCUUAGCUGCAAAGCUACUGAAGGAUCGGGGUGCCGGAUAGUCUGGUAAGCACAGCAUAUAUGAGUAAACGUGUUUGUGUGUGAGUGUGUUAAUUCUACUUUCGGUUUACCUGUAUUUAAUAUUCGUAUAGUCCGUUUCAUUGUUCUGUGAGUAAGAAUGUGUUUGUAUAUUACAGGUUUCUUGUAUGAAGGAACCCGAUGAAAGGAAUAAAGUGUGUUGCAGAGAAUCGUUGUCCGAUUGAUCUUUAAAAAGAGCCUCAUGUUACAAUGGCGCCCAACGUAAAUUGAUAAAGAAACCAGACGGUAUUCCGGCCAAGAGAGUCCCUUUGCUGGAACAGACUAUAGAGGUGGCGGAAGUGACCAACAUGUGUUGUUUUGACGUCCGUGAGACUGAUGAGUGAUGUACAGUACCUGUGAUUCGUGGAGAGAUGGAGUCGAGGACGCCUCUUUCAGGACCGGGGACCAAGGGAUGAAAGCGGAAUGAACUUUUGAAAGUGACUUUUGUUGUAUAUUUCAUGUGUAUUUGAUUAUGUUGUGUUAAUAAUAUGUAUUUUGUGAGUAGCAACUGAGUCUAGUGUAAUCCAUAUCUUGCGAAUUUCAACCCAAGGCAGACCAUUGUGUACCAAUGCAGUUUUCGAGAGAUAACAUGUAUUACAGCAACAGGUUGACAGACAGUAGCGGUUUGGAGUUGUGAGUAAAACUGCAUGUGCAUGGUUCAUUUAUUUUGUAGGUGAUGAAUAGCAAGUUAAGCAAAUAUGUAGAUAAACCCAUUUCUUUCAGUGGUGAUUUGAGUAGGAAACCAAUCAUUUUGACUAGUAGCAAGGGGUUUUCUUUGAAACGAAAUGUGGAUAUUGCUAGCAAGAUAGGUGUAGGUAUUGAAUUUGUUUGUAAGGCAGGUGCAAGAUUUGCAGAUUAUUUACCCUGGUUACAUAAAAAUUUAGAAGCGCGAGUAAAUGUUUUAGGAAACAUUGUGCUGUAUAUAUGGUUAGGUACCUGUGACCUCACUGUUAAGCAGGGUAAAUUUAUUAGUCUGAGGCAUUCCUCCGAUACAUGUGCCCAAAAUUAUCUUGUCCAUUAUAUUACAGAGUUUAGAAAGUUUGUAGCAAAGUUUCCCACUGUAAAGUUGGUUUUUGUAGAAAUACCUCCAUACUCAAUAGUGGAAUGGAAUCGUAGCAAGGGUCAUUGGAAUCCAGAGUCAUUUCGUGAUCAAGACUUUGUAUUGAGAAGUCGAGUUACCUGUUUGAAUGAUUUUUUGCAUUCUAUUAACAGUGACUUGGGGACAAGAUCACCCUGUCUUAGGGUUGAUUUGUUGAAAUAUAGGAAAUCUCGUAAACAGGAGGGUUACAGAGUUUCUAUUCAUUUUCCUUUCUACAAGGAUGGAAUUCAUCCCGGCACAUUGUUAGCAAGAUGUUGGAUGAAAAAGUUUGUGGAAGCCAUUCUGACUGACUGUCUAUAGAUAAACUUGGAAUAUCUAUUGUUUUUCAUUGGAUUGCUUGUAUUUUGUUGUGUAUUUUCAAGUAGAUUGUUUAAAGAAUGCACACUACGUCACUGGCAUGGCAAUAGACUCAAGUACCUUGUAGGUAGGGGUCGCCCAAUCACUCGGAAACUUGUGUCAGUAUAUUGUUUAUGCCAAGUGUAGGCGUGUCACUAUUUUUCUUCAUUUUUAAUAUUGUAUAUAUUGUAGGUAAUAGUUGAAGUUACUCCACCUUAACAUUUGGAUUAGUUGUAUAUAUCAGUAUUUUUUCAAACUAAACCAACAUGUCUCUGACACAAGAGGAGUUGCACAUGAUCAGUGUAUUGAGUAAGAGUGGAAAGUUCAAAAUAACUCCAUUAGUCCAGUUACCCUCUAGUACUCCUUAUAAGAAAGAACCAGAUUUCGAGGAAUUCACUGAUACAGAAGAUGAGAGUGAACUUCCAGGAAUAGGUAACAACCUUCAAAAAGGUGCUUUGGUACCAAAUAGGGAUGUAGGACACUUGUCUGGUAGUGUGAAUGAGGGUCGUGAUCAUUAUGCUGUUCAAGGAGUUCCCAAGAUACCACCUUUCUCUGGUGAGGAUCUUAAAGGGGAUGUGACCUUUGGAGAGUGGCGAUAUGAGGUACGCUGUCUCCAGCAUGAUCCAGAUAUUUCUCAGAACCUACUCAUGCAGGCUAUCAGGAGAUCAUUAAAAGGGGUUGCUAGGCGGAUGCUUAGGUCUUUGGGAGAGACAGCCACUGUAGGAGAUAUUUUAGAAAAAUUGGAUACUUUGUUUGGUGAUGUGUCUACAAAUGGAAUGAUAAUGCAGGAGUUUUUCAGUUGUUAUCAAUUGAAGGAUGAGAGUGUUACCAAUUUUGGGUGUCGGUUAGAAAACAUGCUUCAGGUAGCAAUUGAGGGUGGUUAUUUAGAUCGAGCUGCCAAGGGAGAGCUACUCCGGCACAAGUUUUGGACAUCUUUGUCCUCAACAGAGCUCAAAAGCCAGACUCGCCAUAAAUAUGACUCUUUAAAGAGUUAUGAUGAACUCUUAAAGGAAAUUCGUAGGGUUGAGAAAGAAUUGAAUAUAACACCAAGGCAACCCAGUUCAUCAAAUGAGAGUGCCAAGGGCAGUAGUGGCAAGAAGGCUCAUCAGCAUGUUAUUACAAAUAGUUCUGAGUCAGAGAGUUGGAAUAAAGAUAUUAAGGUCUUGGAGAAAAAGAUUGAUGAUAGGUUGCAGAAGAUGGAUAAUAAAGUAGAUAAGAUCUGGGAAGAGCUUAAGAAACCCUAUCAGGGUAACCAGAGAGGCCGCGGGGGAAAUAACAGAGGUUAUAACCGUGGCAGGGGUAGAUUUAGCAACAAUGGACAGAAUAAAGAAAGUCAGAAAGGGAAUAACCCAAACGAGUAGAGGUCUCUACUGGUGGCCAUGUGGGGACCUUAUCUGAUAAACAGAAAGGCCAAAUCUUGUUGGAUAGAAUGGUGGGGGUGUCCAAUGAGGGUACAAUUCUUAUUGAAGGUGUUGAACUCCCUGCUUUGAUUGAUAGUGGAUCAAUGGUCACUACCAUAUCAGAAUCUGG